UUCCUCUGCAACAUCCCGAGCUCGUCAUAGACAAGAGCUACGUCCCCAUCAGAAAACCAGAAAGAGUUGCAGACAUGGCAGUUCUGAACCAAUGUUGCUGUGGGUGUUCCCUGAAGACGGGCACCAUCAUCAUUGUCAUCUUGUAUGUGAUUGCGAGCCUUGUGCAGAUUGCAACAACAGCGAAUAGUUUGCACACCCAUCAGUAUGAUGAUGAAGAUCUAAAUUUAGCCAUAGAUAACUUUAACAGCCUUGUACAUACAGAUAUUGAGAAGCAACUUAGAGAUACAGCUGAGAAAUUAGACAAUGAUUUUGGACUGAAGGACAGUGAUGGCAGUUUAACCAGGACAGUGAAUAAAGCGCUACCCUACAAGACUAAAGUUACCAAGACACAGCUAAUAGUAACACUCGUGUUUGCUAUUAUCCAGGCUAUCUGUGGCAUACUUCUCCUCUUCGGAGCCAUUCAGGAAAAGGCUGGUAUGCUACUUCCAUGGGUGGUUGUGGAAACCCUGGUGGUCAUAGCAUCAACUGUCGUAGGCAUUAUCACAUGCAUUGCUCUCAACUAAAAGGGACAACACUAU